UUUUAGCCCGCCCAGUACUGCUUGACUCUCCAGGCUCUUCUCCCUGCCCUCCACCUCCUCUUGACCGUCCCCUCCCCCUCCCUCCUCCCCUUCUUGACACUGGCUCCUUCGAUUUCUUGUAUGUUAGCUUGACUCUUUCCUCAAACAACCCACAACCCACCGAAAACAUCAAACUAACCUCAGAAGAAGAAAGAGAAAAUUCGAUCAAAACAACCUCCUACUCCGUUUGACCAGAAGGCACUACCUGAAAGAGAACUAGGAAAACAACACCAGCACUCAUCUAUCAACCAACUCUUCCGCGUAUCAAUCCGAGCGUCCCACCAACAUAUCGCCAAAUUACCUCGGCAUCCCCAGCUCAGCCAACGAACAACGACCCACAUACAUCACUCAAGACCUUACCUUAUCCUCACUUUGGUCCACAAAACUCUCAACUUGAGAAAGAUACCCGCCCACUCAACCUGGUGUCUCUUGCUCACCAGUCGCAUAUUGUUUGAUCUCAAAGUUCACUGUAAGAAACUUUCACAUCCCUUGCCCACCUCACGCUCCAACGAAACACUAAAAAAGAGAAAGCCGAUUAUCGGACAGUCAAUCAAACGACCCCUUUCCGAAUUGAGUGAUGACUUUGACCGAUGACGAAUCAGAUCUCUCCGAGACCUUAUCUUCUGCUGGAUCUACCAUACCUCUACCUUCAAGUGAAUUAGGUAGUCGGGCCGCUAGUGAGGAUCCUACUAGCCCCUCUGGUCUUGCCCCUUCAUCCAAAACAUUCCCAAAACUUGAUCGUAGACGUAAAUCUCGUUUUAUCAAACCUAAAAAUAACAGCUCUACGCCUUCUCUCCCUACCCCCAAUCCUGAUAAGGAACCCAAAAUUAGAAAACAACGACCAUCUACUCGUCCUACCACCGGCCCUGCUAAUGGCCCCAUAGCGUCAUCCUCAAACACCGCAACAUCUGACCGUCUAAUUAAAGCAGAAUCACUUCCUCCACCCAGCUCAGAAAACGGUAUUCAUCGCAACAGUACUUCUAGCAACCUGACUCGUCCCACCAGUGCCAAAGGUGUUAUCUUUGGGCCUCAGCCUCAUACCAAUCCCGAAGAACCCUCAAACUCGUCUAUUCCACAUCCCUGCACCUCUCAUGGUCAUCUGCCGCUCUUUGAACAACCUGUUCUCUUACAAGGCGCCCGACCAAGACGGAAGCCUCAUUCGAUAACUCUCAAGUCUAAGAAGAGCAACAAAGGUCGAAAGCCCAAGGGUUACAACUCAGCUACCAAACCAACAUCAUCCUCCCUCGAUAAAGAUUUUAGUAACCAUUCUGCCAUGGAUCGCGAUCCUUCAGCCACCCCCACAGCUGCUACCUUUAAAGAUGAGGAAUCCAGUCUAACCGAGCAAAGUUCCUCCGAUGAGGCCUCAUCAACCGAUCGCCCGGCGGCUCGCAGUCGGACUGCGAGUCCAUCACGGCAUCCAUUUCAACCGUUACCCGACCUUGAUUCACAACAGGCGGCUUUGCAAUCGGAAGAUCAUUGGCCUAACCCAGCACAAGACACGCGACCCUCACCUAUUCCUAUCACAUCAGCAUUACCCCAACGUCAUCCCCCAAGCACCAAUCCAAUUUCAGCUUCUGACACUACUUCCUCGAAAUGCAAUUCAGUUCGAUUACCCCAAGCUCUAGAUUCUCCCAGGAUUCCGCUUCCUGACUCGGGGCAACUAUGUUCCUCAAGCAGCCUUAACAAAGGACCUGUCCAACUCCAAGCGCAAGGGACGACUAGCUGCUCUACUCAAAAAGUAAAUGGUAGAAAUACAAGUGAAGAGAGUGCCCUUACUCCUGAUCCUGAGGACGUUCGACUAGGUACCGAUCAAAUCAUCAAGCCAAAACCUCUACCUCCUUCACAGAACACCCCUAUUCAUACUUCAGCACCAUUACUGAAUUCACACCACCUCUCCCCAACAUAUACGAGUCCCGUCCGAUCUCUACACGCUGAUCAACCACCAAUUAAUCAUCUCUUGCCCUCAACCUCCGCAGAUGGCACCUCAAUUUCCACCCCCAGCCUCAAUCUCAAGUCUCGACCACCAAAUAUCAUCCCUCCUUCAAUCUUAAAACCCAAUCUAGGAACUUCCACCAUUGUUGAUCGAAUUGCCGAAGCCGACCUACAAUCUGCGGCUUUCGGUACUGACUUUUCUUCUGCCAGCCCUCUUCCAUCUCGCAACCGCCUUGAGCCGAGUCUUUUUCCUAACGAGCCUGUUGAACAUCUCACAGAUGAUGCCUUGGAUGGCGAACCGAUCAUCGAUGAUAUGAUGGACUAUGACCUUGACCUGGACGAUGAUGAACCAACAUUAGAUACACUGAUGGACCUUGGGCAAGAGCCUUCAGAAGCCGGCACUUCAGCAGUCGAUGGCGUCCCAGUCCCUGAUUCAGAAGACGUGCUCGAAUACAUGGAGGCCCAGCCUUCUUUGAAUCCACAAUCAUCACACAGAACAUGCUAUACCGAACUUGAUUCCCCUCCGCCUCCUAAGUCGAGACAGUCGCCCGAGUCGGAGCAGGAGCCACCUAAGCCUCGGACAGAGAAACCCAAACACGCAAAGACGCAUCCUCCCGAAGUGAUCUACGAGCAUGAUGAUCACGUUCGGCGGCGAGAGGAUGCUUUGGAGGCUAUGGUUAAGAUUGAAAUUAUGUUUGCGCAGGUCAGGGAUCGCCUGUAUGCCGAACGUCUGUCAGAUGUUUACCGGGAGACUGCGGCAGUACAGCAUGGUUCGCAUCCUGAAUUGAAUGAAUACUAUCAGCUGCUGGAAAGAAAGCGUGACGCUCGCUUAUCACUAGCACACAAAAUCUUCAAUCUUAAGGAAAUCGAGCUGAACAAAAAACGCGAAGCUGCCACUAACUCGGUUUGGACCAGGUGGUACGAGGCCAAAACCGAAUUACAUGAUAGCAUGAUCGUGGAAACACAAAAGCAAAUGAAACAGCUAGAGCGCGAGAAAUGUCAACCUGAUCUUCGAUAUAAUGUUGAAGUCCAACUACUCCCUAGACCAAUAAUACCCCGGCACAACCCAGGUAGAAGAUCCCGCAAGCGAGCCCGGUUAGAAAUGGAUGAAACAAACGAAGAGCUAUUGGCGAUUCAACUGCACACAGCAAUCGCUAAGCGGGCGACAGUGAAUCUAAGUACACUGACGUCUGAAGAAUCAUGGGCUGAUUUGUCGGUGAUGAAGCCACAAUCAAGAAAUGCCCACCUGGAUCCUGUGAAUAUUCUUUGUGCUCCCCAAAGUAUGGCCACUUAUUUUCGUGAUGAUCCUUAUGAACCCACAACAGAACCCUCGAAAAAGCUUCUACCGUCCCUUGGUAGUGGCGACAAGCUAGAUAACCACCAUAACCUGGCUCGCGAUCCGGCGAUUAUCGGAGCCGAGAAGCUCAUCGCUCUCAAUCCCAAACUGAUACACUCACGUGCAUCCUACCCAUCUCAGGUUCAAAGCCUUAGUUCACCCUCAUCUAAGUUACACUCUCGGCGGCUCAAUAAUGGACUGGAUGGUCUGACAAACAUCCAUACUAGCUCAUCAUCACGGACCGUACGAAACUCGAAUCGACUGACGUCAGAGCAAAUCGAGCCCGACUUGAGUCGGCUGCCGGGGACGACGAACAAUGGACAGUAUUUCAAAUCAGAUCGCCGGCCUACGCUAGAUUCAGUGAUGGCCCAUAAUACCCCGGAACGACUGAAGGGCCAAUUGAAAACGAGCAACGGUUCGAGCGAUCCGGUGUCUUAUACUCUGACUACUGCUUGUAUAGGAUCCUCUCCCAGUCAGACUACCCAUCAUCAGCUUCCAUCUAAUAAUCACCUUCGCCAUCAAACUCCUAACAUUCAAAACAAUCAGAAUCGCAGCAACCAUCCUACUCCGUUAUAUCCUUCCGUUCCUAUCAGUGUCAAUUACCAUGAAAGAGUCAAAUCUCAACUUGCUUGAUCAUAACUUGUAACAUUUUUUUUUCAAUUUUGUUCCACACGUCCUCCCUUAUCUUUAUCUUUACAUUUUUAUUAUCUUAUUUGAUUUUCCUUUGGAGUCUUUUUACAUCAUAUCCCCAUUCCCAUACUCCCUCUUGGUUGAUAUUUUUUUUUCUCCCCAAACCUUGAUCACAUGAACUUUUUUUGCUUUGAAUUUUCAUUUUUUUUUUUUUUUAAUUCUGGUUUUUUUGGUU